UGUUGACGGAAGUAAGCAAUUGCAUCACGUCGAUGCAAAUUGACAAAAUGGAAAUCCUUAAUCCACCGAUAGUUCGUAUUGGCAACCGUAGAUACCGUAAAAACCCAUUGUUACAGAGGGACACAAACACUGCUGAGGAAGAUGAAACAGACUUUAUUCCUGACCAGUCUGCCUACUCAGAUGAGACUUGUGCCCUUGACCAAGCUUGUCUUGAAGAGACAUCAGACGGCUACAAGACUGUGGUCCAAGCACCCAGUGGUCUGUUCAAGUUUAUAAUUGGGCGCAAGGGGGAAACAAAACAGCGAUUGGAGGUUGAGACGAGAACAAAAAUAAGAAUACCUAGGCAAGGACAGGAGGGCGAUAUUGUAAUCCAGGGCCAUGACAAGCAAGGAGUGACGUCAGCGAAGACGCGUAUCGAGGUUCUGCUGGAUUCAGGGCGCCAGAAAACCCCGUUCACCCACUUUCUUUCUGUGCCAUUCAACACACAGACACUGCAGGACAGUCUCGUAGAUUUUAAGAAUGAUGUUCUUCGUGAAUGUGAUGGGGACCCAGGGGUUGAUGCUAGCAUAUUCCAGACUCCAACAAAACUGCACCUGACCAUUGGCUGCCUGGUAUUGCUUAAUAACGAGGAAGUGACCAAGGCGGGACAACUACUGCAGGAAUGCCAACAUGAACUGAUAAUGCCAAUAUUGAAGGGCAAACCAUUAAACCUGAAGUUAUCUGGACUGGAGUAUAUGAAUGAUGAUCCCUCAGAGGUCGACGUAAUGUAUGCUAAAAUAGACGACCCUUCUGACAGACUACAGAGUAUAGCCGACCGACUGGUUGAUCGGUUUGAGACGUCAGGCCUGUUGCAGCGUGACCACGACAGGGUGAAACUCCAUGUGACAGUCAUGAACACCAUCUUCAGGAAAGACCCCACGGGAACCACAGAGCCUUAUAAACAACAAGACAGGGGCAGAAAGGAGAGGGAAUCGUUUAAUGCCACACGUACACUGCAGAAGUUUAGCGGGUAUGACUUUGGUGGCUAUGAAGUGAAGAAUAUCCACAUCUCACAGAGACACAGUGUUGGCAAGGAUGGCUACUACACAUGUGCGGGAUCCAUAGAACUUCAAUGAUUGUCAUAUUAUAAACUGUGCAGAUAUUAAAAUUGGACUGGUUCUUAUCUUGUGCUUUCUGCAUAUUUUAAAAUGUUGUAAGAAUAUCAAACCAUUUUUUUUGGACUUGGAUCUUGAUAAAAAACGUUACGAACAGAAUUAAUAAUUUUGCAUGUGGAAACAAACUUACCUAAUUACUGCUCGUAUCAGAAAAUGCAAAAUUACAUGGUCAUGUACUGACAAAACUGAUGUAUUGUUGCACUGAAAUUUAAUACAUGAGACAACCACAUAUAGCUAUUGUCAUUUAACUAGAAUAUUGAUGAAAAACUAAAGCAAUGGUUGGUAAUGAGUGCCUUUAAACAUUGUCUUUGUUAAUUGUUUUGCUACUGGGCUGGUCCCUCUAGUUUCCAUUUUAUUACUAGAGUUUCAACAAGGUCAUUAAAAGGUCAGGGUGCUGCAAAAAUGGACAGGGUGAAAAGGGCAUAUUGUUUGGGGCUGUGAAGAAUUUAAAUAUUAUAAAUUUGACAAGAAUAAAUAGAAAUGUGUUUUCUUGUGGUAGAGUUAGCUUUUUACUGCUAGAUAUUUUAAGUGUGUAUGUAUUUAUAAUCAUAUAACAUACAUAGUAACUGUCUGACUAGAGAUUAAGCAUUCAAUACUAAGAAGGUAGAAUGGUGCCUAUGCUGGUUUAAAAGAGGGCAAAAUCAUGCUACCAAAAAGGGUAGGGUGUAGCACCCUCCUACAACUCUCCUAAAACUAGGUAAAUAUGCUUAACUUUUGAAAAAGAAAUCUAAAAUAUUUACACAAUUAACAAUAACAUGUUCCAAUCAUAUUGUUAUUAUUGAGUGUUAUGUUAUGUGCUGUUAUAAUGAAUAAAUAUGCU